ACGCCACAAGAAUUUCUCAGAACUCUGAAGCCAUGCCUCCUCAUGUUGAGAGCAGUUCUUCUGACGAUGAUGGACCGGCAACAAGGCUAUUUCAUAGACGCAGAUCAGUUCAUAAGCUACUCGGUCGAUGGAAAGUCGCGGACAUCCUGCUAUGGAGGAACAAAAACCUAUCAGCAGGGAUCCUCGCAGGGGCAACACUGGUCUGGUUCCUGUUCGACGUGGUUGAGUACAACGUAGUAACGCUCCUUUGUCACAUUGCACUCCUUGGGAUGCUUCUGCUCUUCAUCUGGUCGAACGCCGCGCCUCUCUUUGACAGUCUCGUGUUUUGCAGGCGGCCUCCACAUAUUCCAGAGGCCAUUGUUUCUGAAAAAGCGUUCAGAGAAAUUGCACAGACCACCCAGUACAAACUGGCUCACUUUGUAUCAAUCCUGUAUGACAUUGCAUGCGGGAAGGAUCUCAAGAAGUUUCUCAUGGUGAUUGGAUCUUUGUGGGUACUGGCAGUAGUUGGAGAUACUUGCAGCUUCACCACACUGUUAUAUGUUGGAUUUUUGUGUGCUCUGACUUUACCGCCAUUAUAUGAAAGAUACGAAACAGAAGUGGACCAUAUUGUUGCCAAAGGGGGUGAAGACCUCAAGAAAUUCUACGAGAAGGUUGACUCCAAUGUCCUCAACAAGAUACCAAGAGGCCCUAUCAAGACAAAAGUUCGCUAAGAUGUUCUUCGAGUUUCCCUAAGUCGUCAGGACACACAAAUAGUCCCAUACUCCCAUAUAUGUAAAAUAGUAACUAGUUACUGGAUUUAGGGCCUGUUUGGAGAGCCGCCACACCUGCCACACCGCGCCUAACUUUUUCUGCCGCAGGUGCGGCGGCCGUUUUGGCCGCCACAAGUUAGGCGCGGUGUGGCGUCCUAGGCGCCACACCAAACGGGCCUUUAACUUCAAAACAAAUAUAUGGUACGAAAUUGCGCAUGUUAGACUACUACUGAUGUGAACCACUGCACCAUAUACUUUACCUUGUCGGAAUAUGAUGGUUGGAUGAAUGUUCGUAAAGAAAACAUUUGUUAGAUGUACUUACUAGAUUAGAAUGUUUUUUUUGUAAAAAUGCCACA